GCCCCCGGUCGGAUCUGAGCAGGAAGUGCAGCUGAGCGCACAGGAGCAGCGGCUGGUGUCGGACGAGCGGCGGCACCGGGAUGUCCCUAAACUAACGCGGCCGUGAAGGGAAUGCUCCCCGGUGUUCACCAUGGUCCCGGGUGUUGUGUACGCGCUGCUGGCGGGGUUCCUCGGGGCCGUGGCUUCGUCCUCGGCCAAGCUGUCUCUGGGAGCGGACUAUCUGAAGGGAGUGUGUGAGACCGGGCUGCGGACAUGGGGCGAGCAGCGGCGGUUCCGACACGCGGACGAGACUACGGCGUGUGACCGGCUUCACAUUCCCCUGCGGCUGCUGUGUGGGGGGCUGCUCUUCACCUGUAAUGCUGUGAUGUGGACCUUUCUGGCCAAAGCUCUCAGGUACUCCUCUUCCUCAGCCCAAACCACUGUGACCACCACCGCCUCCAACUUCGUAUCUUCCGCGUUCCUGGGGCAGCUGCUGUUUGGCGAGGCCCAGAUGACGCUGUGGUGGGUGGGCAUCUCCCUCACCCUCACUGGGCUCCUGGUCCUUCACCGAGUCUCACCACAGGAGAGACCACAAAGCACAGAAGAUAAGAGGGAUGAAUAGUAGUAAGUUUGUCUCCACUGGCUCAGAUUGUCUUUAAAAAACAUUAUAUUAGCCAGGGCAUCACCAAUGUCUAAAAGUACCAAAAAAUGCUUUCAAUAUGGUUGGUUAUAUCCAGAUUUCAAUAUUGUUGGCCAGAAUUAUGGUUAAAGGUGCACUGUGUCAUUUUUCAGUUGGGGGUCCGUCACCUGCUUGUUUCAGUGGAUAUAUCAUUGCUUUGUUUAAAAUGUUCCGCAAUAUGACAUUAAACAGAUCUACCUUAGUGGUUUUACUGCACAAAAGUACACAGAAAAACAACUAUUCAAACUGUGAGGACGGCUGCCACUCCACAGAUCUGACCUGUAACUUGGUCUGGUUUAGUGUCUGUGAAGAUAGAAAGAUUUAAUGCCAUACUGUGAAACAUUCCAGAUAAAGCAAUAACAUCUCCAUAAGUUACACAAUGCACCUUUAAAAUAGUAAUUUAAGUUGUUUUAUUUUAAACUGAAUGCCCUUUUUUCAGGCAAUCAUCAAUUUUUUCUUGAAAUGGAGCGUAAAACGUCUAAAAUGUUACUUAUAUAUAUACUUUUAAUUAUUUGGUUCAUUGAUAAUUACUAGUUACAGAGCUGUUAACCUAUGCUCUCUAAAUUCAAAUGUUUAGAAAUGUCUGACAGUCUGGCUAGUGGAGACAAAAUAAAAGUUGUUUAUAGAAAUGAAAUGAAGCAAAAAUCACUAUUAGCUUUACACUAUAUUGAUGGACUUUUGUCACAGAACGUCACGUUAACAUGGUUGGAAAAACAGUAACAUUUGUGAGUACGUGGAUGGCAGAUCACCGAAGCUUUUAAGUCACUGGUCUUAAGUUAAAGAAGCACUACGUAACUUUUCUAGUGCUGAGUCCACCUCCUGUUUGUUUCUAAUGCAUUGCCUGGAUUGUUUACAUACUGUUAAACAUAACUAUCUUGUAUUAAUUAAAGGUGCAUUGUGUAACUUUUCUGGAGGAGGGUCUGCCACCUACUUGUCUCCAUGGAGAUGUUAUUGUUUUGUCUGGAAUGUCCCGGUAUGGCAUUAAACUUAUCCAUCUUGCAUUUACUCAAUAACAUAGUUUUUAAUUGAACUAAAAACAUGCAUUCUUACUAUGAGUGGGCACCUCUCUACAGACCUGACAUGUAACUUAGUCCUGUGGUGUCACCUGCUCUCUCUGUAGCGAUAAAUCAGUUUAAUGCCAUACUGUGGAACAUUCCAAGCAACAUGUCCAUGGAGGGAAGCAGAUGACGGGUCCUACACCAGAAAAGUUACACAGUCCAUCUUUAAAUGAGUGUUUUUAUUGCAAAAAAAUACCUUGAAAAUAUGUAUUCUUACUGUGAGCAGCUUGUUUCUAUGGAGAGAGAUACAUUUAAUGCCAAUCUGUGGAACAUUACAGGUAAAGCAUACAUGAAAACAAGCAGGAGCACAAACCCUCUACUAGAAAAGUUAUGUAGCGCACCUUUAAAUUAUGCUGACAGUCAACAUUAUAAACUGGCAUCAAAUCAGGAGGAACAGUUCUGAUGUAGCACUGAGAGGUUGGGGCUGUUUCAUUCUUUUUGCCUUUCUGAAUCUGUUUUUUGAAUCUGAGCUUUUGAGAUGAGAAAGACCCAUGUGUUUGUGCAAAUUAAGUUUCACAUUUAAUCCCAUACGCUUGUUAUAAUGUGUCUCUUCUUAUUCAUCAUGUUUAAAUUUAAUCCUGAAUUGUAACUUUCCAAAAACAAGCUUCUCAAAUUCAUUAUUUUUUCACAGUCAUCUCAAUUGAAUUAGAUACUUAUUCUAUAGUCACAGCUGCCCUGGGGCAAACUGAGAUGUGGCACAGACAUUGCUUGCUUACAUCCUCUACUACUAGGGAUGCACUGAUCCAGCUUUUCCAGUUCCGAUACCGAUCCUUUUGGUAUCUGCUGAUAUCCGAUAUUAACCCAUACCAGUGUAAGGACUGAAAAAGGCACUUAUUUCCAACAACAAAAGUUAUCUUAGUACAAAACAGAUUUAUUGGUCUAGUUGUUUUAUUUAUCCAGCAAAUAACAGUUGAAGAGCUUUGUAUGAAUAAAAAUUAAAAACAAUACAAAAUGUUCUAGGUCAACAUUUGGGGUAAUUACUAAUAAUAAAAAGCUCAACCAGGAUAAAGCGAUAUCAUGGAACCAAAACCUGGUGCAGCACAUUUUUCUUGAUCUUUGCCGAUGUUCUAUACCAGUAUCAGUAUUAGUGCAUCCCUAUCUAUACCUAUAACAAUGAUACAAUGCUAUACAAGAGAGAUGUGUGAAGUGUCUUGCCCAAUAACACAACAGCAAUGAAACUGGAGAUAGUGAGGAUCUCCAAAUUAUUCCAUUCUCUCUUUCUCAAUUGCAACUAAAGGAAGACACAGUAAAGCAUCUCUUACUACAUUUUUACAUAACCAUUUGAAACCAUAACACUUUGUCCUUUUGAGCUGCACCUUCCGCACAACAACACAAAAAUAUGUUUCUUAAUUAGUAUUCAUUUUGCAUCCGCCGCAGGGUCGCACUGAUGUUAGCUACAUUAAAAGCUUUCCUCUUGUCCCCAGAGACGCCACAAUAACAUCACAACAACAUCACAUAAGUCUCAUAUCACUGUGAUGUGGUGCUGCCAGUAAACAGAGAGACCAGAGGGAGCUAUAAGAGUUUAUGUGUACAUUAAACAGGAGGGUGCUUGACAUUAAAGUGCCUAUGACAGGUUGGACUACUCAUUUCUUUAAAACACAGUUGUUAUAUUACAUUAUAUUUCUUUGUACCGUUGUUUUGGUUAUAGAUUUUACUUCCUGGUUUAAUCACACUAGGGAUUUAGAUUACCUUACCUAGCAACAAUAUAGUACACUAAACUGGUCAAAUGUGCAGAUAAAUUAAUAUUGAUGAAUACAAAUUUAAGAAAACACCUUUAUUUUGUUGAAAAAUGUUUAAAAUAUAUUGGAAAAAAUGUGUUUAUUGUGUAAAUUGUGACUAAACUUUUUGACAGAAUUCAAUCAGUUGAAACGGUCUAAAAUAUAACUCUUCAAUUCCUGUAAUUUUCAACAUAUUUUUCAAUUUUCUUCACAAAUUGCUUCUUGAUUGGUGUAAAACUAUAAUUUAUAUUUACACCAAGUAGUAUCCCAUCAAAUUAAAUGUGACUUAUAUGUAACUUUUUGGUAGAAGGUCCACCAUCUGCUUGACUCCAUGUAGAUGUUUUUUUUUUCAUGGAAUGAUUAAUUUAACUAUCUCCGUGGAGACGAGCAGCCCACAUCACCAGGCCAAGUUACAGGUCAGAUCUGUGGAGAAGUGGGCCUGCUCACAGUAAUAAUGUGUUUUUACAGUAGUUUUGAAAAAUAAAAAAUAAAAUGUAAUUGAAUAAAUACAAGCAAAGCAAUAACAUCACCAUGGAGAGAAGCAGAUGGUGGGCCAUCUACCAGGAAAGUUACACAAUGCACCUUUAAGUCAAAAUGUGAGAAUCAUCAGAACCUGUCAUACGCACAUUAAAAGAGCUUUUUACAUAUCAUUAUAAUAUAAAUGCAUAAUGGUAGCUCUUUGGUGUUGAAACCACAGCAGCGACGCACACAGCGAUCCACCGUGCUUCCAGCUGCCUGUUGAGUUAUUAUUGUAACGUGUGAUUUACUGUACAUCCCUGUCAAUGUGAUCUCAAGUAUUUUUCAUUUGCAAAACGGUGUUAAACAGAAGAUUUACUCAAGAAAAGUAGUACCAGUGUUUUCCAUAGAUUCUGGGGAGACUAUGGUGGCACUAGAUUUUAAUAACCUCAUUUUAUUUAAUUUAUAAUUAGUGGAGUAUAAAUGAUGUUUAUUUCCUGUAUUCAGUCUUAAAGCAGUACUUUUAACGCUGUAUAGCAACUUUUAAAUGUUUAUGAUAGCACGAUAGACAAGAAAGAUUUUGUGAUGCCAAAGUAUAGUCCAGGUUGUUUUUAGACUAUAGGGGAGAAUUUUAAACUAUGGGGUGCCACCAUAGUCUCUUAUAUUUAUGUAAAACACUGAUAGGUGAAAUGGUGCUGUGUUCAUCUUGCACUGUUAAACUGUAAGAAAGUGGUCAAAAAUGUCCUCUGUAGAUCAAUAAAGUUUGUCAAAGUUUAAGAAUCUAUAGCAAAAAGGUCCAUGCAUCAAACAGUGGCAGUGGAUUUCAAAUCUUAUGUCCUUAACUAUAGGUCAACUAGUGCUUUUUCAUUCAUUUUUCAUUGUAAUAAUUAUUUGCAAAUUAAAAACAGUAGGAUUCAGUUCACAUUGUUAAUACACCCAGGGACAUUAGCAUUAGAGCAGAGUGCCCAAACCUUUCUCAUCAAAGGGCCACAUAUCUAAACAGAGACAAAGCAGAGGGCUAAUUGAGGGCCAUAGACUGGUGGUUAAUACAGAUUAAAAUAUGUGCAUUUCUAACAGAUUAGAAUGAGUCCGUAGACCUUUAUGUAUGUUUAGAUCCUCAAAAGGACACAUAGAAUAUUUGAUAAUGGCUUUAUAAAGGCAGAUUUUCAAAAAGCCUUACGUGCUACUCAAAGAAAUAUGUCUCAACUCAUACAAAAAAGCCCACAUUAGGCCAUAGUUUGGACUUGUCUGCAUUAGAGCGAAGAUUUACAAUUUAUAGGCAAUGGUACUAAUACAGUAUAUUUUGUUGUUUGUUGUUUGAGAAAAUGAUAUGGCACUUAAAUAAUUCCAGUCUGCAAAUUUUGCUAAUUGCAGUCAUUCAAACUGUGCUCUUGGUUUGAUUGCAAAACAUUUAGCUGCUGUAAUCACAACGAUUUUAAACCUCCACUUCAGCUCUGCAAUGAACACAGCACCACUCGUCUCAUUCACUUGUAUCAGAAGUCCUUUGCCUUUAUUUCGUACGUGUCUUUGCGGUGCCUGGUCUGAUCCCACUCUCACUGUAAACUUCUGCAGAGCAUGGCCUUGAGCACGAUUUUCAGAUAUACUUCAAUAAUAUACUUAAAUGCACUGGACACUGUAAAAACUAAUAUAACAGACUGAAUAUGACAAAAUGCAUGUCAAAUAUUCAACUGGAAACUCACUGCAAAAUGUGACCUUUAAGUCUAGACUAGAGCAGUGAUUUUAACUGGUGUCAUUGUGAUGGAACGUAAAUGUCAUGUUUUGUCUAUAACUUAAACCAAUCUGGUAUUCAAUUUGUACUGACUAUAAAUAAAAACACUUAAAUUGGGAUGUUAAAGGACCUAUAUUACACUAUGUUCUGAUCUGUUAUAAUGUUGUUUCCUCAUCAAAAAUAUCCCUGGAGUUGCGUUUUGUUUUUUGUUUUCAUUCACAUGUUUAACGCACAAAUCCUAAGUUCUUCUCUCAAACAGAAAACACUCUGUUCCACCUUGUGAUGUCAUGUGGUAAUACAGGAAGUGCUCCAUUGUGUUUUUAAACUCCACACACCUUCACUAGAAUCGUUUGGAUGAUUUCAGACAUGGAAUUGCCAAUUGCUACUGAACAAAAGGUACAAGGUAGUUGUUAACUACCACUUCAUGACAUCACAACAUGGAACAGAGCAUUUUGAGCUUUGGAGAUGUAGACAGACUAAUAAAAAAUAGUCACUCAAACUUGUGUAAAUGAAACAAAACACAAAUCCAGGUAUGUUUUAGAUGAAGUAACAAUAUUCUAACAUGGGAUAAAGCUCUCAAGAGUCAAUUUUGCGUGAUAUAGGACCUUCAAUUGAGUUUGAAUUAAUUUGAUUGUGUCAAAAGUUUGAGAUUAAUUAAGGUACCACAUUAGGCAACUGUAUUCAAAUAAAAAUGGGGCCAAAAACAGAUAUACGCCACAUUACACUGCAAAUAAAUGAUGUAUUGAGCACAAAUUGUUUAAAUAAAAACACUGUAUGGUUGGAUACAUUUUCUGCAGGAUUUUGCUCUUCAAAAUAUUGGUUGACAAUGAUUAAAUCCAUCCAUGUGUCUUAUUGAAAAUGUGUAAAGUGUAAAUAAAUGGUGUUAAUAGAAAACUGGCUGUGAAUAGGUCUCUAAUGAUGAGACAACAAUCACUGGUGAAUUAUGAAAUAAACAUUUUCAUCUGAAAUGCAAA